AUGGAGCGGCGGUUGUUUGAUUCGACUGGUGACCAGGGCAGUGCCAAAGCGAAGCACUGCCACAUUCUGGCCCUUUUCUGCCCCCCCCCCUCCCCUGCACUGUUCAUUGCGAACUCCAUGGGGAUCGAACGGUGUACGCGUAAAUCCGUUCUCACAGCAAAUGAAAGAACUUCGCUGUCUUUUGUUCUAUCUGUAGCCUGCGAAGAGUUGAAGCAUCCGAACCGGCUGCUUCGGACUAUAGAUCGUAGCGGCCUGGUCCUUGGGAUUUCGGAAGAAUUGUCUUUUCUGUUCUCCCCUCACUCUAAUAGCGGCAUCUCGAAGACAAACGGCAGCAAACUAGCUUCCGCAGAGUGCUUACGGACAAGUGACGGUUUUCGUGCAUACAUUCCUGGGCGCCACCGUGUUUCUAAUUUCUCUUCAACCCUCGUGAUCACUGCACUCGGCGUCUCUGUUGUCGAUACACUUGCAUAA